GAGGCCCCGCCCUUUGCAGGGUUCUGCUGCGGUUUGGCGCUCCAGGCCCCGCCUCCUGGCGUUGUCACUUGGUGGGGGCGGGGCAGUUGCGGCCACGGAGCUGGGCGUGUGAUAGACGGGGAUGUACGUCCUGGGCCACCGAACCGGCUCGCUACUCGCCCGGGCAGCCGCCGUCCAGUGUGCGGCAGCGGCGGGAGCUAGAGCGUACCUGGAAGGAGGCCUAGAGUGGACACGUGGCAGGGUCCGCUGUUUCAGAAGCGCUGCUGCAGCUAUGGCCCGGAUCAAGGUGGGAGAUGCCAUCCCGUCUGUGGUGGUUUUUGAAGGACAGCCUGGGAACAAAGUGAACCUGGCAGAGCUGUUCAAGGGCAAGAAAGGGGUGCUGUUUGGAGUCCCUGGGGCCUUUACCCCUGGUUGUUCCAAGACCCACUUGCCAGGGUUUGUGGAACAGGCUGGGGCUCUGAAAGCCAAGGGGGCCCAGGUGGUGGCAUGUCUGAGUGUGAACGACGUCUUUGUGACUGAAGAGUGGGGAAAAGCCCACAACGCAGAAGGCAAGGUUCGGCUCCUGGCUGACCCCACAGGGGCCUUUGGGAAGGAGACAGAUAUGUUACUAGAUGACUCGUUGGUGUCCCUCUUUGGGAAUAGACGGCUCAAAAGAUUCUCCAUGGUGAUAGACGAUGGUGUAGUGAAGUCCCUGAAUGUGGAGCCUGAUGGCACAGGCCUCACCUGCAGCCUGGCCCCCAACAUCCUGUCACAGCUCUGAGGCCCUGGGCCAACAUACUCCUGAAACGCUUUCCUAUUUUCAUCUGCCCAGUCAAGGGCAGAGGGCCCAAGCUCAACCUCAGCUGGGCCACCCAAUUGGAACCUUGGCCAGAUUUCUGCAAUAAACACUUCUGGUUCA